AUGGAUUAUGCAUACGAUCCUGUAGAAACCACAAGUAGAGCCAAUGCUAAGAUUGGAAAAUCGAUCAGUGAUCUAUGGAAAAAAUGUGAAGAUUUCGCUACAUAUAGUAGAUAUGGCACUGCAGUUGAACAGAUAUUUGUACACAACAGGAAAGUCUUGCGAAAACUCCAAGAGGGCGAUCUAAUUGAGAUCAGAAGGGGUAUUGGAUACUCUCAUUGGGCUGUCUACGUUGGAAAUGAAGAGGUCGUACACUAUACAAGUGCAGAUCAAAAUGCAUGUUUAGAUGUUAUGAAUAAAGCUGAGAUUAAAUGUGAAGGCUAUUGGAAUGUAGCUAAAGGCACUAAAGUCCUGAUAAACAAUUUCAAUGACAAUAAAAUCAAUCCUUUUGAGCCUGAUGAGAUUACAAAGAGAGCCAGAAGCGAGGUUGGACGUAGCGGAUACAAUGCCAUAUGGCGCAACUGUGAACAUUUCGCUACAGAAUGCAGAUAUGGAGAACCUUCGAAUGAACAGGUACAACGUCGUGUGGUUUUCGUUUUCGCAAUUAUAGUCUUGUGUGCCGGCGCUUUUCUUCUUAGGCGAACAUCUGAGCAAAGGUAGGCCGAAAAGGAGCUGACGGAAUCUACCUUAACAAUUAGAUGAUAUGCUCGGAAUGAAUUUUCUUAGUGUUAUUGAUCUCUGUUGAUAAUUAUUGAUCUCUGUUGAUAAUGUGGAAGGAUAAUGUUAUGCUUUAAAUGUGUUGGUGUUUACAUUUUAAUAUUGUAUUUUUAUAAUCACUGAAUUUAUUGAAAUUGAUGUUACAAAUAUUUUUCCUUGGUUAAUAGUUUAAAUAACAACCAUCAUUUAUUUUAUCAAGAAUUUCUUGAGACAUUUGUUUACUACUGUUGUUGAAUAAGUGCUAAAAUGUUUCCUCAUAACACGGGUUUCCAGUCAACCCCUGUCAAUAAUUAAUAGAAUUAUUUGAUAUUACUUGAAAUUAGAACAAUACAUACAGCCUUCUCUAAAUUUAUUAAACAUGUCACCAAUCUGUACCAUCAAUAUAUUCAAAUAGAUAUAGAUACGUAAUAAUAAAACCUUAAAAUAUU